CAGCUUUGCAGCGCCUCCUCAGCCUGCCCAGGCACAGCGUGGAGGGUUUCCCUGGAACCAGCCUCUCGGAGGUGAGAAAAUGUCUGGUAACAAUGAUUGGUUUCAGAGUCCUCGGGUCCCUAGCUUUGCUCAAAUGCUUAAAAAGAACUUGCCAGUUCAGCCAUCAACCCAGAGGGUAACUACACCCAAAGUAUAUUCCUCAGAAAGUUACAGCUUGUCAAAUAUGGCAUCCAAGGUUACACAAGUGACAGGUAAUUUUCCAGAGCCAUUACUUUCCAAAGGUAUUUCAUCUGUUUCAAAUCCUGUUCUUCCUCCAAAAAAAAUACCUAAGGAAUUUAUAAUGAAAUAUAAACGUGGAGAGAUAAAUCCUGUGUCAGCCUUACACCAGUUUGCACAAAUGCAGCGGGUUCAGCUUGACCUUAAGGAAACUGUAACAACAGGUAAUGUUAUGGGACCAUAUUUUCCUUUUUGUGCCAUGGUGGAUGGUAUUCAAUAUAAGACUGGACUGGGGCAAAAUAAAAAGGAGUCUAGAUCCAAUGCAGCUAAAUUAGCCCUUGAUGAGCUUCUACAAUUGGAUGAACCUGAACCAAGACUUGUGGAAACAGCAGGUCCUCCUCCUAUCCCUGCAGAACCUGUUGUUUCAACUGAGCCAGCAUAUGUUUCAAAAGUAUACUAUGAAGGGCGGUAUAUUCAAUUUGCAAAGAUUUCACAGAUUGUUAAAGAAACAUUUAAUCAACUAAUUUCUAAUCAUUCAGAAUAUCUGAAAUGUAGCAAUUCCUUGGCUGCUUUUAUAAUUGAGAGAGCUGGGCAGCACGAAGUUGUAGCUAUAGGCACAGGUGAAUACAAUUACAGCCAGUGCAUUAAACCAAAUGGAAGGGUGUUGCAUGACACUCAUGCUAUUGUUACAGCACGAAGGUCUCUGCUAAGGUAUUUCUAUAGACAGCUUCUACUCUUCUAUAGCAAAAAUCCUGCUAUGAUGGAAAAAUCAAUAUUUUGUACAGAGCCAGCCUCUAAUCUCCUCACUCUAAAACAGAAUAUCAACAUUUACCUCUAUAUGAACCAAUUGCCUAAAGGAUCAGCCCAGAUUAAGUCACAAUUACGUCUAAAUCCACAUUCUGUAUCUGCAUUUGAAGCCAAUGAAGAGCUGAGUCUCCAUGUGGCUGUUGAAGGCAAAAUUUAUCUGACCAUUUACUGUCCUGCAGACGUUGUUAACAGAAUAAGCAGUAUGUCCUCAAGUGACAAAUUGACAAGAUGGGAAGUGCUUGGUGUGCAGGGAGCAUUGCUGAGUCACUUUAUACAGCCAGUUUAUAUCAACAGUAUACUUGUUGGUGAUGGGAACUGCAGCGAUACUAGAGGCUUAGAAAUUGCUAUAAAGCAACGUGUGGAUGAUGCACUCACUUCAAAACUUCCAAUGUUUUACUUGGUCAACAGACCUCAUAUUAGUUUAGUACCCUCUGCAUAUCCACUUCAAACAAACUUGGAAUACAGAUCCCUGAGUCUGAAUUGGGCACAGGGAGAUAUUUCUUUGGAAAUUGUGGAUGGACUAAGUGGAAAGAUCACUGAAAGUUCUCCAUUUAAAAGUGGUAUGUCAAUGGCAAGUCGACUUUGUAAGGCUGCAAUGUUAAGUCGCUUUAAUCUGCUUGCCAAAGAAGCUAAAACAGAGGAUUUACUUGAAGCUAGAACAUAUCAUGCAGCUAAGUGUAUGUCUGCCUCCUAUCAAGAAGCUAAAACUUUGUUGAAAUCCUACUUAAAGCAACAUGGCUAUGGCUCCUGGAUUGUGAAAUCUCCCCGUAUAGAACAAUUUAAUCAAGGCAAAAAAAAUAUAGAAGACAGUAAUGCUAGAGAAGAGGAGAAACUCAAGCAAAUCAACACACCUUUGAAGACCCACUCAUGCUACCCAUGGAGAUGGGAUGAGGAACCAGCCUCUACAAAUAUGAUGCAUCUGUAGCUCCUGUUACUAGGAAGAGAGGAAAGGCUUUCCCAUCACCUCAUGGGUACCAACCACACCAGACCAGAUUGAAGAAAUUGCUGGGGGAAUCUAUCAGCAGACAGCACUCUUGAACCUUCUCUUCCUAGGAUGCUAACGGAUUUAAAUGGCUUAAAAGAUUAAUUAUUGAAAAUAGUCCUUUCAAAAAGGCCGUGCCAAGACAUCACUAAGACAAGAUUCACUCAGGCCAAGGGAUAUGUAAGUUAU